GCAGAAAGCAAAAAUUCUCUGUAAAAUCAGAACGAUGAUGGAGUCACAAUUAUGGAAUUGGAUCUUACCUCUUUUGAUCUCUUCUCUCUUCAUCUCCAUCGUCGCUUUCUAUGGAUUUUUCGUUAAACCGAAACGGAAUAGUAUCCGUCACGAUCGGACUGUUUCUACCGUCACUUCCGACGUCGGAUCUGUUAAUAUUACCGGAGAUACUGUCGCCGAUGUCAUUGUUGUUGGAGCUGGUGUUGCUGGUUCUGCUUUGGCUUAUACUCUUGGAAAGGAUAAACGUCGAGUUCACGUGAUUGAAAGAGAUUUAUCGGAGCCUGAUCGCAUUGUUGGAGAGUUGUUACAGCCUGGAGGUUACCUAAAGUUACUGGAGUUGGGAAUUGAAGAUUGUGUGGAGGAAAUAGAUGCUCAGCGUGUGUAUGGUUAUGCACUUUUUAAGGAUGGAAAACGCAUUCGCUUAGCUUAUCCUUUAGAGAAGUUUCACGAAGAUGUAUCGGGAAGGAGCUUUCACAAUGGACGCUUUAUACAAAGAAUGCGGGAGAAAGCUGCUUCACUUCCCAAUGUUCAGCUAGAGCAAGGAACAGUUGUAUCUCUUCUAGAAGAGAAUGGGACUAUCAAAGGUGUGAGAUAUAAGAAUAAAGCAGGGGAGGAACAAACCGCAUUUGCUGCUUUGACUAUAGUUUGUGACGGUUGUUUCUCAAACCUGCGUCGCUCUCUUUGCAAUCCUCAGGUCGAGGUGCCUUCUUGUUUUGUCGGUUUGGUCCUAGAGAACUGCAAUCUCCCAUAUGCAAACCAUGGACAUGUCGUCUUAGCAGAUCCAUCACCAAUUUUGAUGUAUCCAAUUAGUAGCACAGAAGUUCGGUGUCUGGUUGAUGUUCCUGGUCAGAAAGUGCCUUCCAUUGCAAAUGGUGAAAUGAAAAACUAUUUGAAGACAGUUGUGGCUCCUCAGAUGCCUCAUGAGGUCUAUGACUCUUUCAUUGCUGCGAUUGAUAAAGGAAAUAUUAAGUCCAUGCCAAACAGAAGCAUGCCAGCUUCUCCUUAUCCUACUCCAGGGGCUCUGUUAAUGGGAGAUGCAUUUAACAUGCGUCAUCCUUUGACGGGUGGAGGAAUGACGGUUGCAUUAGCUGACAUUGUUGUCCUGCGUAAUCUUCUUAGACCGCUGCGUGACCUUAGUGACGGCGCUAGUCUCUGCAAAUACCUCGAAUCGUUUUACACUCUGCGAAAGCCAGUGGCAGCAACAAUCAACACCCUUGCGAAUGCUCUUUACCAAGUGUUCUGUUCAUCAAAAAAUGAAGCAAGAAACGAGAUGAGGGAAGCGUGCUUCGAUUAUCUGGGCCUCGGGGGCAUGUGCACAAGUGGACCAGUAUCUUUGCUUUCGGGUUUGAACCCUCGACCGUUAACACUUGUGUGCCAUUUCUUUGCGGUUGCGAUUUAUGGAGUCAUACGGUUGUUAAUCCCAUUCCCUUCCCCAAAACGAAUCUGGCUUGGAGCCAAAUUGAUAUCGGGAGCAUCAGGGAUAAUAUUUCCGAUAAUAAAAGCGGAAGGAGUUAGGCAGAUGUUUUUCCCAGCAACUGUACCUGCAUACUACAGAGCUCCUCCGGUUAAAGGAGAAACCAAAUGCUCAUAGUUCCGAUUGAUUCUGUCACAAGAAAUGCCAUCCAAAAGAAAAUGAAAGUUGUGGAUUGCAUCUGGUGAGUUUUUGUUGUGUUAGUGUUCUUUAAACGUAUAAAAGUGACAAAACUGUGAUGGAUUACCUCUGUUUUUUAUAGGUUAUGAUGGUUGUAUCUUAGUUGCUAACGCUAUACCAUUCUUUUACAUAUCGAAGUCUCUGCGUUAUAAAAUUUGUUUUCCGCG